GGGCUUCAAAAAGUGGGCGUGCAUGUAUCCCUCCGACUGGCAGAUCUAUUUGGGGUCUAGCGUCUCACGGCAAUUCUGGGUCAAGGCCCCUGGACAUUCGCUGAGGAGCCCUUCCAUCCACCACUAAGCGCCACACGACAGUGUGUCCAUUCCAAUUUGCAGGAUGGGGUCGCUUAAGCUUAGGCCCCUAGGAUCCAAAUGCACGCCUGAGGCUUGACUUCGAUCCUCAAACCUUCAACCUACAUCCAACCAUCCCUCUGUCGCAAAAGGUACUGUCGCCUUUGCAUAUCGACCCUCAUUUCAUCGCGAUUUACUUGUCUCGGACACGGUGCUCGCAUAUAAUAACGCUAAUAAGUUCUACGUCUGUUUUGACUUCUUAUUUGAUACCCCAUUCAUUCGACGGAUUAAGGGUGUUUUUUGGUAACCGAGACGCGACGUCAACGAUCUGGGUACGACACGGCGACACAAGACCUGCGAAAGUUUAGUAAAUCUCGACGAGUCAAUUUCUUCAGUGUUAAACUUACGGAGCUUUACGUGGCGCACGAUAUUCGGUGUCAUAAUUUUGACUUUUGCAUAACUGGGUGCAUGGGCUGCCUAUAAAUAACCACUUCCUUGGGGCUUCCUGCAGCCUUUGAGAAAUGGCCUCAAGAUAUUCACGCUAUGAACGGUCCAGAUCACCCCGUGACCGCUCGCCUGACCGAUUUGACCGAACUCCGCAGUACAACGACGGAGACAGACGCCGACCGUCUGACGCCCGAGCAGGUAAUGGCGGGUUUCAGCCAGGACGUGACUUUGGUGACCCAUUGCGACGCGAACCACCUCGCGGACCAAAAGCCUUGAUCGAUGCGCCUAGUGGCCCUCGAGGCGGAGGAUUUGGAGGAGAGUUUCGUGGUGGUCGUGGGCGAGGGCGCGGUCGUGGAUGGUCUUCAAGAGACGACAGCCGAGAUCGAGGUCGAGAUAGAGACAUCGAUUUCCGUGACCGGUACCAUGAUGAUCGAAGCCGUGAACGCGACCGGGAUCGCGAGCGCGAUAGAGAGUGGCGUGAGCCAAGAGAUUUCAGAUCACGACGCUCACCUAUUGGCCGUGCAAGGUCACCAACAAGAGAUUUCCGAGACCGCGAUGGUCCUUUGGGAGUAGAUGCAGAUAGAUCUCGACGCGGUUCAAGAGAUGGAGGACCUCCCUCGGCAGGAUCAUCUUCUUCCGAUCCCCAGUUCGGCAUGGCACCCUAUCCUCGCGGUGGGGGGUUCCACCGAGGACGAGGUCGUGGGAGGGGUGACUGGUCUUCGGAGCGAGGUCGCGGCAGAGGGCCUUAUAUGGAUGAUAGAGGUGAUCGCUACCCGCGCAGUCGGUCUCAGGAAGGUCGCUGGGGAAGAGACCGUGAUGACAGGGACCGGAUGGACCGGAUGGAUCGCUAUGCUGACCCAGAUACCCGACGAGACAUUCGAGACGAUCGCGACCCCCGCGACCGUGAACUGUUCCGAAACAAAUUAGAGGCUCGUGCCAAUGCCGGACACGACUCGGGACUUUCCAGCAAAGAGGUAUCACCGCCUCCUGCCGCGCCUUCUGCAUCUGCUUUCGGACCCGUUCCUAAUCGAGGAUUGAGUGUUGGAGAGGGUUAUGUUUCAGCCAGCGCUGCAACAAAAAUCCCGCCGACAGCCCCCCGCGCUUUCAAUGAUCGCCCCCCGUCAGCGGGACACGACCCAACAAUGCCGUCAGUCGGUCUCGGUAAAGGCAUGAUGCAUGAUGGCCCCUCGAUUCCAGUUGGUCCCAGAGCCCAGCAGCCGCCGCCACCAAGGCCUUCUAGCAAGCAGUGGAUCAAUCCCAAUCUAAAGAAGGGGCCUGACUCUCCUAAGUUGAUGAGGUCACCAAGCUUUAUGCAACAACGACCACCCUUACGCCGCGGUAGUUCCCAGUAUGAUCAUUAUCACGAUGAUGAAAGGCGGCCACGCAGUAGCGAUGCGAAGUCGGAACCCCAUUACGAUAAUCGUGCGCGAACUAAUUAUAGCGCGGAACCUGGAGAAAUAACCGUCAAGUCCGAACGGGAGUCUCAAUCUGCAAGGGCAUCGAUGGAUAGAGAUACACGACCUACUAAUGCUUCCAGACGGGAUUCUUAUCGAUCUGGCCCUUCACCUACCAUGGAGAACAUGCCCAGAUUUGGCCAGGAGUCAGAACUACGCGCAAGGGACCCAAGGGAAGCUCCGAAGGAAGCGCCCCGAAGAAAGCGCUCGCAACCAAUAAUCAGAGCGGUCAGGUUCGAAGUUCCCCCGAAACCAGCACCUGUGGAGCAGAACUCCGAAUCUGACGACGAUGAUGAUAUGGCCGACUAUUUCGACAUGGAGAUUGGGAAGACCGAGGCUGAACUAAGCAAACUGGAGAAGCCGAAGUUACCAACUCAAGUCAUGGCCCGGUUUGCUGCUCUGUCUCACGGCUCAAUGGUCAAGAUAAUCGGAGAAGGGGAGGGACUGCUCAAAAUGGUGAAAAAACUACCGGAGGCAGUGAAUAAGCGCGUCAUUGAAAAGAUACAUGACCCGACACCUAACGAGCAGGCAAAGAAGGAAGAUGUGGAAAUGGCCGACGCGGUUGACAGCGCGGACAAAGUUGAUUCCGAACCACCAAAGCAACUGCAUCAGGAGGUACAGGCCGAGCUGGAUCCUGGGCCUGAGCAUUCUAUUCAAGUCAAGGGUUCUGAGGAGCCUGUUGAAGCUGCCCCCACUCCAGAAUCCUCGGCACAAGUUGGUCAGGAGACUACCGAAAGACCUGUCGAACAUCCUGCGAAGGCAGCUGGCGAGAAGUUCGAUGACAGUUCCCACGAAGAGGCUGCUCCGAAUCUUGACAAGACGUCCGAUCAAAGUCAUGUCGAGAAGUCUGACGAACAACGUAUCGAGAACCCCGUCGAGAAACCCGUCGAAGAGUCUAUCGGAAAGCCUGCUGAAGAAACGGAAGAGAAUCAUGCAGAGAAACCUGUACAAAAGGCAGAGAACGAGGAUACCGAGAUGUUCGUUGCACCUGAACUUGAACCAAAGUCAGGAGAUAUGGAUAUCGACGAGCCUCCUGUUGAGACUGAUCGAGUCGCACCUGAAAGUCCACCAUCUCCUUCCAACAAGAAGGUCAUGGAUGUGCCUUCCAUAGUAAGUGAGACUGCGCCUACAGAGUCAUUUGAGCCUCAGAAGACAGAACGAACACCUCUGGGGGCGUGCGAGGAUUCUCACAAGGGGAAGUCUGACAAGGACAAGCCAGUUGACAUAACUGCAAAGGCGAAUGGUGUACAGCCGACACAAACCCUGGUGGAAAAGCCAACCGAAGCCCUCCCUGAGCCUACUCCAGGAAAACCAGAUGAUGCUGUUUCGGAGAAACCUGCAGAACUUUUUACUGAACCUCGCCCCGAGAAUCUAACAGAGAACGCUGAAGCUCUUGGACAUAGACAGGUCGCAAUUGAAGGUGCUCCUGUUUCUGUGGUGUGCCCGAAUGUAGUUUUGCAAACGACGGAAACAGCAUCGAAACCGCCUAGUACGCCGUCACAGGUCGACGACGACGAGACUGAGUCUGAAGACGAUUCUUUUAUGAACCUUGAUACCGUUCGACAGUAUAUGACCACGCCUCCAAUCGAUAGUCUACCUGACUACAGCUGCAUGCCUUGGGACAAAGAUAGUGCUUUCUUAAAGACCCUCGACUCCAGCAUUACAUUGGACGACUUUGUGGUCGAACACCUCGACAAGAUGCAUCUGGAGAAGUCGGCUGAACAGGACCACGACAGGAAGAUCUAUAAGGACAACUAUGAACGGUACCUAGAUUUUACAAUGUCGAAUGAUCCAGCGGCUGUCAAAAGUCGUGGAAAGUUUUCAGUGUCGACAGGCAUUGAAAUUACAGGCACCGUAACGCCUGAGCCAAAACAUGAAGGAAGUGGUCGUGGACGUCGUUUCGCAACCGAAAGAGAUUUGGAACGAGUUUUGCAAGCAUCAAUGCGCGAGGACGAGGAGAGGAAAGAGCGCGAACUUAGAAUGCAGCAGGAGAAGUAUCGCACUGAUAAGGAAGCCAUCAUUCCGAACAUGAUUUGGAACCAGGAAGAGAAGGAUAAUACUAAAUACCUCGACAAGAGCGGAUUCACGCCUGUUGACCGGUUGGUAUCAGCAUGGCGGGUUUUGCCUCCAGUUAAUAACUUCACUGAGGAAGAAGCCGGCUUGUUUGAGAAGAGAUACUUGGAAGCACCUAAGCAAUGGGGUCGGGUUGCCGAAGCGAUUCCGCAUCGUGAUUUCGGUUCUUGCAUUCAGUAUUACUACAUGAACAAGAAGGACCUUAAUCUGAAGGAGAAACUCAAGAAGCAGCCUAAGAGGCGCAGAAAGGGCAAAGCGAAGCAACGAUCUAGUGCAUUGGUGUCGGAACUAGGCAACGGAGACGGAGAAACGGAAGAGAACCACGACACGGGAGAAAAUGGCGAGAGGCGACGACCACGACGAGCGGCUGCGCCUACAUGGGGCUUCGAACAGCCGCCAGUUGACACAGAGAACUCGACACCUAAUGCGACACCUGGUAGACGUGGCGGGUCCGCGAAGGUCGACCAUCCCGAGAAAGUGGAUGGAAGAAAGAGGCGAAGAGGCCCGAAGGAAAAGGAGCCCAAGGCAGCCAAGGCGAACCAGACGUUGGCCGCAGCCCCUGGGCCUGGCAAGGGACGAUCGAGGUCAAACUCCAGAGCGCUCAAUACCGACGGUCCUUCAACUCCACUUCCAACCGCCGAGUCCCAUCGUCUCCCAGGUCAGUUCGAGCAGCACCCUGCUGGUAUGCAGCUCCCCUUCUCCGUACAGCAGCAGCAGCAACAACCACAACAACAGCCUAUCCAAACCCUCGAACGACAGCAGUCAGUUGCUCCAUCCUCCAUCUCUGAAGUCAUGGCAGCGCCUUCACUUCGGCCUGACCCACCGCCUCAGCCUGCAAUGGCUACAUUCAACCUAGCCCACCCGCCGUCAGAGCGCAAAGCGCCUACUCAGGCAUCUAGCUACUGGAGCGUGUCUGAAUCUAAUGACUUCCCGCACCUCCUGCGCUCGUUCGGCUCGGAUUGGACAGGGAUCGCAGCCCAUAUGGGCUCUAAAACCGCAGUUAUGGUGAAAAAUUACUUCGUCCGUCAAAAGGAUCAGGGCAAGGCCGAGUGGGAGGUGCUUGUCCAGGAUGCUGACAGGAAGAGAGCUAUAGGCGACAAGCUGCCCGAUCCUCCACAGCCAUCAACAGGAGGGCGAGGAAGGAGAUAUGACAGUUCAGCUGCAGCUUCCCGGCCGUUGGCUGUUGCCCCGGGUAUCGAUCUGCACGGAGAGACGUCGCAACCCAAGAUGGAGCCAUCAGUUCAACCCCCUCGUGGUCAACCUUUUGGCAUGUAUGGCAGCCCCAUCGCCCAAGCGCCUGUUACGCAGCAACCUCUUGUCCAACCCCAACAGCAACCCAUGCCUAUUGGACAGCAUUCAACAACCCAGCCAGUAACUCAGACUAUGUCACCAGGUCAAAGGCCUUUGAGAGCACCUGUACGGCAAUUCGGAUUUCCCGAUGGCGAGCGCGAGCGAGAGCGUGACCGCGAGCAAAGUGUCCGGGUACCUCUUCCACAGAAGGCUUCCUCUAGACCUCCUGGUUCGGAACCACGGGAGCAGCGGCCUCUGGCUGCCGCGCAGCCUCUACAGCCAGCCCGGAGCGAAGCUAUGAUUGAACACAAUGCUCAAAUGGAACGUCAAAAGAUGGAUAUACAGCGGCUCGAACAGGAGCAGCUCGAACUGGCUCGACAGUCAGAAAGACGGGUCAAGCAGGAGCCUGAAGUGACCCCACAGCCGCAUCGCUACGAACCGUUUGGGCAUCGUCAACAAGGAAGUCUCGGGGGCCAGCCGCUGGCAAGGCCACCGCAAGAGCCUGGACGCCCUCCAUCUUAUGCUCCUCCUAUGCAGCAACAAGUCCCUGUGCAGCCGGUACGAAACCUGAUGGGCGAGCAAACCCCUGUUCGAUCACCUCAGAUGAACACUCCAUCCAGCCGCCCCAUGUCUGCUCUCCAGCAUAGACCGUCAUCUGGUUCGAUGCACGAACAAUAUGGCUCGGCAACACCCCAAGCUGGCACUCCAGUUCAACCACCGGCAGCGGCGCCACGUCCAGCAGAGCCUCGUAAGGGAGGUCUCAACAUCAUGUCCCUGCUUAAUGACGAUCCUCCUCCACAACCCAAGCGUGUCAGUGAUGUGACUAGCACUCCUACCAGACCAUCACCUACUCCUCCGCCCCAGGCCAUGGGCCGUACGCUCCCAGGGCCAGCACCGCCUUCUCAGAUGCGACGGGGCGAGGCAGAGUCAUACUCUCCUUACGGUCGAGGAACCCCAGUAAUGCCAUCCCUCAAGCCAACAUAUGCGGAUUCCCCUCAGCCUCAGCACAUGGGCAGUUCGAGGGCAUCCAUCGGGGUCUCCCUAGAAGCAGCAGCAGAAAGGGACUACUACAGGCAGAAUCCUUACCAACCCAGUAGCCACAGCCGAACGAACUCACCACAAAGUGGCCAUCGAUAUGCUCCUCCUGGACCUCCUGGACCCCCCGGGCCUCCUCAGUACCAGAACCAGGGAUAUCCGACUUCAUAUGCUGCAGCAGGCCAACCAGCCCAUGCCGGAUCGCCAGGAGGGCAAUACGCGCUUCAUCCAUCGGCCUCUCGGGCACGAGAAGUACCCCAGGGUGGCCGCGAGGCUUCAUGGCCGCCGCCUCAACAACCUCCUUCCAGCAUGCAGCAGCCGCCUGGAUGGGCAUCUCAACAGCCACCAAAUGCUCAACCCCCACCGCAGCAGCAACAGCAACAACCCUGGCCUACGCAACAUCCCUCGUCCAAGCCUCAAACCCCAGCGCCAUCUUGGGCACCAUCACAACCACCUUCACAGCCUCCGCCUCAGCAAGCUCACCAUAUGUCCAUGAGAGACGAUGGCCGUAAUUCUUACUUUGCCAGUGGACCUGGCAUGCCGCCGCAGCAGCAUCAGAUGCAAGGACGCUACCCACCAACAGUGUCGCGUGGCCCAGAGUCAGUGCCACCUCCGCAACCAUACUCACGUUAUGCUUCUACUCCUGGCCCUGGCCCGCCUCGAGAGAUCCCCGGCCGCAGCUACACGCCCAUCAGUAGCUAUGACUCACGCGGGCCACCCCAGCCUCCGCCAGGAGCACCUGUUUAUCCCGGCCAUGAUCCAAGAGAUCCACGAGGAGAUCCUCGAGGAGAUCCUCGAGGUGACCCAAGGGGAGAUCCAAGAGACCCAAGGGACAUGAUGAGGGGAGGACUGAGACCACAUGAGUACGAAAGGCAUCCAGAUCACUAUAGGAGGUAGAUCGAUAUGCGGAUGACUUAUAUUCAUACAUUGGAAGUCAGACAGGUUUCGUAUUCUAGGAGCACUAUCAUGAGUUUGGCGCAACUGAGGCGAUAGGCUAUGCAGCAUGAGCGGUCUGAGUGUUAUGUAAAUUAUAUACCUACACUGUAACUGAUUUUAUUAAUUGGACAAGUGAAGUUGACAAUGCAAGCAAACCUGGUAUCGUCCCUUCUACUGAUUCGUCGC